UCAUCGCGAGCUGGUGAAGACAAUUGAGUGCCGCGCGGGUGUACCUGACUGACACAACACACACACACACACACACGCACCACGUGUUUGUACUGUGGUUUGUUUGUGUGAGGGAUCUUUAUUCUUCACUGUGAACCAUAUCUGAUGGAAUAUCAUCAACUGUGAGAAUAUCAAGAAAUGAUCAUUCGGAGAUAUGAUAUAACUCAAGUGAAUGAUUUGAAAACAAUGUUCAAAACAUAAGAAAUUUCAUGCGUUUCUUUUCAGAAUUUCCGUAGACUUGCCUACAGUGAGUGAUGGGAAAUCUUUAGUGUGGUAAAUAAACCAAACUAAGAACAUAAUAUCCUACACCAAUAAAACUCUACAGUGAAUACAGCCAAAAUACUGAGGAAUAGAAUCAGUCAAUACAGUAUAAAGAUUCUCACCAACACUGACGGUAAAGAGUCCUAGUAUACAUCAUGAUGGUUAUAACUUCUUGAAAACAAACAAACCGAAAUAUAACAAUAACCGACAAACGCCCAGACCGUAUUGUAUGACAUGACAAGUACAUGAACGUGACAAAUGAUAAACAAGUGACAAAAUAGUUUAGAAUACAGAAGCUGGAAAUAAAGUGUUUGUGUUAGUAGAAGACACAAGUGCUGUACUUAAAAAUACUUACAGUACAAUUAGUUUUAUAAAAUUACAGAAAGCUACAGCCGUAUAGGUUACUGACUUAUAGCCCACUACAGUUUCAUAUACACUGUACCCUAAACUGUAGGUCAAUAUUUAUUAUGUAUCUAACAGCAUUACAGUACUGUAAUACGAUCUUCGAAAUAAACACUUAAAACUAUAUAAGAAAAAGAUACUUAUGUUAAAUUUAUCCUCAAGAAACUGCAAGUAACUGUACAGCAACAAGCAAUCAGUAACAACAAGUCACUUCUCAGUCUUAUACGCACUAAGAUUCGAUAAUCACUUCUUACAAGCAACAAUAAGCGACAACUUAGUACCUAUAAACAGUUAUUGUUACUUAACCAACCACAAGUCACAAGUUCCUACAAGACCAGUCAGCAACUACAACCAUCACCAACAAGUAUCUACAAGCACCAAGGUGUCGUCUACAAGCAUCUACAGCAAAUCACUGGUGUCCCUGAAGCAGCCUAAUCACCACCGCCUGCAUCGCCUUGUGUCAUGGUUGGGCGGGAGAGCCAGAGCAGGUGUUGAUGGUGAUGGCUUUAGUGUUGACGAGGCGGUGGCGGUCGACAGAAGGCCCCGCGAGCUUCAUGUUCCAUCUAUUACCACUAUUGCUGCUGCUGGCGACGUUAACGAGAUGCGCCACUGCACACCCCUCCGGCAGAAGGAUUGGACACAGGCACCCGAUAGUAACCUGUCCACCGAAGGCCGAGUUGUUGCCUUGUUUAUGUCGCCUACUUGACAACGAGAUACACAUUAUGUGUGAGAACAGCGAAGAGGAGGCGGUGGUGUCAACCAUGGAGGCCCUGAUGAGACGGAUCCUGAGGGUGGAGGAACUUCAUCUGGUGGGCAACCGUAUCCCUGUGUUGCCUGGCAGGAUCUUUGGCUCCAUACAGAUCAACAAACUCUUCCUCGUCAGUAAUGAGAUGGUUGGCAUCACCCGUAACGCCUUCGCGGGACUCGAGUCUUCACUACAGCAUCUCUUUAUCUCAGAACCUGGCCUCCACGACGUCCCUUUCGACACCCUCGAUAACCUGGCCAACCUGAGGACCUGUGUGAUUGAGAACACAGAGAUCUCAGAGAUCCCUCGACUCUAUUCUCUCUCUAAGCUGGAAUUCUUGAAGAUCGAUGGUUCUAGAGUGGCGACCAUCCCUUCAGCCGCCUUCAGGUUUAUGCCCAACAUGAAGAAAGUCCACAUCGCCAACAGCCAGCUGACUGGUAUUGAGAGUAAUGCCCUGGAGGGACUUGUAUAUCUAAAGGAGGUAAAUUUUUCAAAUAACGCCAUUACCUGGAUUCAUCCUCGAGCCUUCAUGACACUCAACACUGUGGAGCAUCUCUCACUUGGUAACAACCGGCUCUCUGACGCCACCAUGGCUGUGUUGGCCGCCAGGGAACUGAGAGAACUCAAAAUCCUGGACCUCAGUAACAACCUCAUCACUCAGCUCUCGAAGGGGACAUUCGUUGAUAUGCCAACAGUGGAAGUGAUAAAUCUCAAGGAAAAUGUGAUCACCAAGAUACAAAACGGCGCCUUCUUUAGGCUCCCGCGCCUCCGUAAUAUAGAUCUCAGCGGGAAUUUCCUCGACGAAUUUCACGCUGAUGUCUUCUCGGAGUCACUCAGUAUGGAACACUUGACCGUUGCCAGAAAUAAUUUAACAUUCUUGGCCGAAAUGAGAUACAUCGCUCGAGUUCUUCCAAACCUUUUAAGUCUUGAUGUAAGUAAAAAUCGUCUGAAAAUUAACAAUCCAAGAAUUUUCGAAGGACAUGGCAAGUUAGAAGCUCUGAAAGUGGACCACAACGAGAUAGAGAAAGUGCCAAAAGGAUUGUUCCAGCAAAUGCCCAACUUAAGGGAGCUGCAUCUGAGUAAUAACUUCAUUCAGAGUGACUUUGAUGGACAAGUGUGGGAUCUGCCCAAUUUGAGAGUCCUGGACUUGUCACACAACGACAUGAAGAGGGUGGACGUUCUCCUGCUGGAGGGGCUGCCGAAGCUAAGCAGUUUAGACCUCAGCUUCAAUGUCAUCACAGAUGUGGCAGAAAACACGUUUGUCGGCUCCACCUUCAUGAAGAACCUCAACAUGUCCUUCAACAGUAUCGCAAAAUUACACAGAAAUAUUUUCGCAGGACUUACUGAAUUGUUCGAGCUGGAACUGAGCUUCAACGAACUACUGACUCUGGAGGAUGGACUAUUCCUGGGUCUCAUUUCUCUUGAAUUCCUGCAUCUUACCCAUAACCAGAUUGUGUCUAUCAAUGCAAACACCUUCCAAGAUACCUCCAAGUUGCUCUACUUGGAUUUGUCAGCAAACCUGGUGCAGGACCUGCCCGCAGAAGCGCUGGGUAAGCUGCCCUCCCUCAAAGUUCUCAAGCUUCAUCGAAACGCCAUCAACCAAGUCCUCGAUGGUUACCUCAAAGGCCUACGUAUGGUGGAGCACCUUGACCUCUCCAACAACCAUAUUCAGGUUUUGAGUCAAACUGCAUUCCGAGACAUGGUUGUUUUAAGAGAUCUUGAUCUUAGUGUCAACUACGUCCAAAACCUCCACCCAGACAUGUUCGAUUCCAUGAAGAUGUUGGAGAAGCUCAACAUCAGUCACAACUACAUAACAGAUCUCGGCCACAACACACUCACAAGUGUGAAGCGCCUCAGGAUCCUCGACCUGACCAACAACUCCCUGACGGAGCUCGGGGACGCAGUCAUGGGCCUCUCGUCUCUACAGGGUCUCUUCAUAAGUGAUAACUACAUCAGCAUCCUAAAAAACAACUCCUUUAGAGACCUCCCAAAUCUAGACAUUCUUAGGUUUGACAACAAUGGCCUCCAGACCUUUGAGCCAGGAACAUUCCAUAACCUCAGGUCUCUUAUUACUCUUGACCUACGGAACAACAACCUGGUUGAACUCAAUCCCGAUUCCUUCAAGUCUCUGACGUCAUUAGAGGAACUUCAGCUGAGCAAGAACCAGAUAUCCAUCAUUAAGGACUUUGCCUUCACAGACCUAACGUCCCUCAGAAGCUUAGAGUUACAAGAUAACGUAAUCACGGAGAUGGGGGCUCAUGCCUUCCAGAACAUGCCAGCCAUGAAGUUCCUCAACCUUAGUCGUAACGGCUUCCAAGACAUUCCAGAAGAUGCCCUGCAGAGGCUGCCAACCCUCGAUGUCCUGGACCUUAGCUGGAACUACUUACUCGAAGUCAAGGACUCCAGUUUUAGACGACUGGAAUGGUUAACAGUUCUAAUGCUCCACGACAAUGACCUGUGUCGCCUGUCAUCUGGAGGGUUCACGAUGCAGCGCGGCCUCCGUGUCCUCACACUCCAAAACAACCAGCUGAGGCGCCUCCACCUCCACGCCCUGGGCAACACCAUCAUGGGGCUCUCCCUCCUCGACAUGAGUGGUAACCCGUUCCAGUGUGACUGUGAGCUGGUGUGGCUGAGAGACUACCUGACGGAGGACCCUGACGAUGGACGUGGCCCCCGCACCGACAUCCUCGGGGACUCUCUCAGGGGUGUGCCAGUCUGCGCCGCGCCCCCACAGUAUCAGGGCCUCCCUAUCACUCAGGUGCCAGCUCAAGCCUUUCUAUGCGAGGGGCGGCGCACUCUUGAAGAAGUGGAGGAGGUGUGUGUGCCCAGGUUCCUGGACCCCCUACUCUUCACCGCAGGCCAGACAGGUGAUGCCCUAAAUCCUGGAUCAGUGAACACGCUGCUCAACCUGGCCAACCUAUCAGAGACGAUCCCCCCAACAGGCAACACGGGACCCUCCUACCUGGACUACAACAACCCCAUCCUAGUGCACGAGCUGCCGCCCGCCUUGGUCGCCGCCUCCAGUACCAGCACGACGGAGGGCACCACCACCUCGGAGCCCCAGACAGCGCCCCCCGCCACCUCCGCUAUUGUCCAGAGCUCCUCCGUUGUCUCGCUGACCACAGUCUUGCCGAAGACGGAGCAACAAGCGGUAUCAUCGUCAAACAUCCACAUAGUGCCGGGGAACACUCCCACCAUCUACGCGGGGUCGUCAAACAACAUCAACAAACAGGGGCCGACGACCACUGAGAGCAGCCUCUUCGGCAACAUUAAGUUCCCCACCCUCCCCAACCUUCUUGACACCAUCAGCAACUUCAACAUCCCCAAUAUCGGCCUCAAUGUCAACUGGGGUAACCUGCCCGGCUUCGGCCGCCAUGAGUCAGGGUCUGUGCAUAAGUUCGGCCAGGCGGACGAGGACAAGCCUAUGAAGGGCCCUGACCAAAACCAACCAAUCUGGAUUGAGGGUCCGGGACCCGCUAGCCCACACCCUCUCUUCCCCCACCCGCAUCCCCCAGUCCGGGAGUCUAUGGCUCUCACGCCGCCCCACGUUACCCCAAGCAGAGAGCCUAACUCUGCUCCACACCCUCAUCACCACCCAGAGCAGGAGGUUGUUUGGGAAGGUGCUCCACGGGUAACAGUCACGCCUCAGGUACCAUUUAGAGGCCCCGAGGUCCCCUUCGUGUUCCCUGCUGGUCAAGGAGAGCGACUUCAGCCAGGGGUUCCUGGCUUUGUGGUCCCUGUGAGCCGCCCAACGAACGUCUGGAUUGAGAGGCCCCCGCUAGCACAGAACCCCCACCACCCCAUAGCCAGGCCCGUGCUGCCCUCUGUGCUGCACGCCGGGCCAGGACCCAGCUCCGGCACUCCGUUUCUUCCUGGUUUCCAGGCCAAUCAGCAGCAACAAGAUGAACAUGGCCAUCCCAUUAUCAUUAGCCGCCUGCCCUCAGGAGCCUCCGACUUCUCGCCUCCAGACUCUGAAGAAUUUCUAACGCACCCUCACGCCUCCGACAUCCUGAGCGGGGGUCCAGCAAGUGCCCCGGUACCUCAAUCGGGCCAGAGGUCCCACGUGACGCAGGCCAAGUGGUCACCACCCGCCGUCAUCCAUCCUGAUUCCGGCGUGUCGCACUAUCAGCCACAUGAACCCUUCCUCCCAUACCAGCCCCACAACCCCAACCAUCCCAUCACCGUCGUCGAGCCUCCACAGAUAUCUGUCGCCAAUCACGAAACUUCCUUCUCGUUAAACGAGGCCCCACGCGCCCCAACCCACACUACGCCCGUACUAGCAGACAUGUCGCCCUCAGAGAGUCAGUUAUUAGGUGGCAGUAACUCUCCAAGCGGGGCGGUGAACACAGUCAGUCGUCCGAUGGUCUCGUCUCCUCCUGACCAGACCGCGACGGGGUCACACCUGCCGGGAUCACUGUCAUCAUUCGUGCCAAGCUCAGGGAUCAACCAGCCCCCAAUCCUCAGUACACAGUUAGGUGACCCGAGGCCCCACCUGCACGACCAUCACCACGUUGAUCCUUCUCCUGACUUGCCUACUAUCUUACAGUCCCGACCAACACAUUCUCUACCAGCAGAGUCUACACCAACUACCACCCCAGUGCUGCAGACAACCUCCACCUUGCAGCUGGUACCAUCACCAACACCACACACCAACACCAUCUCACCAGACACUCAUCUUGUGACGCCCACACACACACAGCCACCACCGCCCGACACAGUCCCACAACACUCCCAGCAAGAGCCAGACGAGCCCACACACUCCUUGAGCGACCUGCUAGGUCUACUGUACGCUGCUGAGGAGGAAGUUCAGCUAGAAAACAGUAAAAACAUCAAGGAUGGUGAUGAUCAAUCCCCGGCAGUACCCGACACACAGCACGACACACACCUGUCAGACUCCUCACACAGCCCCAGCUCCACGGUCACCCUUAAAACACCUGUUAUCUCACCUAUCCCGGGAACCCUACCACCCGCUCCCUCCACCACCACCACUACCACCUCCACUACCACUACCCCCACAACUUCCACCCCCACAGUUUCCACCUCUACAACUACCACCUCCUCAACUACAACCACCACCACCAGCAGACCUACCAGUCAGCCCACCAUUGCCACCACCACCACCACCAGCACUCACAGUGAAUCUAACAGACAUAACCUGCCCGCUGCCAUCUUCCCGCCACAGUUGGGUGAGGGCGUCACGGUGCUGAAGGACAUCCCACCCCACGACCCCAACACUCCAGUCUCGUCUCCGUCUGCUGAGUCUCCCGAAAGCUCUUCAAGUAACAUGAAACUUGUGGAGAACGGGCCACCAAGCCACGCCCAGCCACACCCUGAGGACUCCCAAGACGAUGAUUUGUUCUUCUCCAGGCACCCCAUGCAGGAGCGGCCACCCUCCCGGUCCCGGCCUGGCGUGGUGUUACCUGUGGACAAAUCAGGUGAGCCACUAUCGGGUGCUGUGCCUCGUGUACCCCCCAACAACACCUACAUCAGCCCCAGCAAGAGCAUCGGGAGGGGCGGGUUCCCGACCAUCGAGCGGGUGUACCAGCCGGGGCAGGAGCCGGACAAACACAGCGUGGCGGUACAGGGGGUCGACCUCCCCCCGGCUAGUGAGAACGUCGUGGCAGAAUUCUCUCACGAGCAGCCCAUCCAGGAGACAGAAUUCGAGAUGAGUGAGGUGAACGCCAUCGACUGGUACUACAACAACUACUACCGGGAGUUAGCCUCACAACCUGUAGGAGGCAACAAACCUCCCAGUGGGGCCACCACGCCAGCCCCCGCCCACACCGCCCUCCUCUUCUGCCUCGUCUGUAUUAUACAUAACUACUAUGUUCAAUGGUCACCACUCUAACCCAGCACAACCUCCUUACCUCUGUAUCAAUAUCCCCAUCAGUAUUAUAAAUAAAUGUAUUGUAUACUACACUGCACUACACUGCGGUAAAACUAAAGAACACAACAUAAUUGGGUCAGUAAAACAUAUCAUCAAUAACUGAAGAGAAAUAUACAAAUUACAUUCAGAAGGUUUUACCUGGCGUCAACGUGUACACCUGUGAAUAACUUUUUAAUUACAUGCUCCACGCGUGUUUGUUGUUGUGACAGUGGGCGAGAAAACCUUACAGUGAAGUAGUACAGAACAUCACGGUUCAGAUUUAUUGUUCCCAUUACUUCAGAUUUAUAGGUGUCCCGGAAAAAUGUCCCUGCCUCCUCCCUCACUGCUUGCUCCCUGCCUCCCUCCCGCCCUGCCCAGUAUAGCCCGCUGCGGUUUCCUCCAUUCUUAUGUUCCAACUCAUAGUGUCUCAGGGAGCAGGAAGGGAGGGAGGCAGGGAGCAAACAGGGAGCAGGGGAUGGAGGGAGGGACAUUUUUCUUGGACACUAUAUACUUUAUGAAACAACAAUAAAACCAUGAUAACCUUAUGUCUUCUGUGCUUCAACAAAUUGGCAAAACAGGUCACAGAAUUAUUACUACUUAAUAUAAACAAACCACUGAAAGAUAUUUAGCAGUACUUAAGUGUGGUUUGUUCCUGCCUCAAUCAAACAUACUUGAGUAAUGUUUUGUUUUUUUCACACACGUUCCGAGGCUGCCACUUCCGGGGAUAAAAAAUCUUAACUAAAUAGCCUUGAUAUACAUUAUACUGAGAAAAUUAUAUAACAUUUACUGUACCGAGAUUAUACAUAGAGGUAAGUGUAUAAUUAACGUAGGUAUGUUUAUUCUGAUUGACAUUUCAGUAUUUACCUGUAUGUUAUGUUUUGGCCAUCAGGGUUGGGUUAGGUUAGGUUAGGUUAUGAAAGCAAACCAAGUAUUAUCCUCCAUAAAGACCUUCUGACAUUUAAUUUGUAUAUUACUCGUAUGUGUCUGGUAAGAUUAAAUGGAACACCUGAAUACAUUAACCUCCCUAACCUUACCUCACCUGAUAAUUAAACACCUCUACACUACCUAGAUGAGAGAGAGGAGUGAUUAUAAGGUGAAAUAAUCUAAGGCUGUUUAAUCCUCAUGUGAUCCGAGUUUUUUUUUAACCUGACCCCCAAUUACAUGAUGUUGUGUAUAGUGAUGGAGACUCAACACUGUACUGUAACACUAUUUUGUUUAUAUUAUACACCACGACGUCCACCAUUGGCAACCUCACCUAACCACCUCAAGUGUUUAUAUACGCCAAGCAGUAUUAUAAAUAGAAUCUAUUAAUUUUUUAAGAGGAUUUAACUGUACACUCUUAUAUGUUUUCUUUAUAUAUAAACUCUAUCAAUCUCUCAGUUAGCUCUAUCUACCUCCAGGCUCUAUAAUCAACCUAACAGAGACUAUCUACACCGCUUACUAUAAUGGACUGAAUUAUAGGUCCUUAUUAUAUCCCGUCCACAACAGUUCUCCCAUCUAUCAGCCUAUUGUGUGAUGGCCCUCAGAUACUUCAACUAUAUCAGGGUCUUUUAAGUACCGCCUUGGGGAUACAUGACUCGUUUAUUGUCCCAGAGGUUGCUGGUUCGACCCCCGGGGCAUUUCCACUUAAUUAGGUAUCUCGCUUUACAGUUGGGGAAGUGAAGGCGGUUGAGUGCAGUGCCUAAUGGCCAGUCAUGCUUAUGGGACCCACUCUCAUUAAGUCUUAGUUCACUACCCUUUAACGGCCAGGGUCUUUAUGUACCGUCCACUAGGUCUUAAGUUUCUACAUUAGACAUCAACUCUUUUAAAACUUGUCACGCUUCUCCUCACUCCAUGUUUAUCAUACAUGUAUAUUACGGUGUUGUUAUUGUACCAUAAAAUAUUUAAUGUGAGUCACUUGUAAUUGUAUAUUUUUUUACAUCUAUUUUAAUGCAUGCAGGACAAAUACAGGAUCUCAUGAUAACACAACCUGAACAUACGAACACUCAAGGAAUAAUUUUUUUUGUUUUUCAAAUUCUCACAUAGUUGUCCACAUAACCUAAAGAGCAAUGACAGUAUCGCUCUAUGAUACUGUCUCAGGCGAUUAAUUCUCAUCGGGUAUAUUAGUCAACCAUUCCUGAUACUAUACUGAUACUCCCAACACUGAGAUACUGUACAGCAGGACUAGACUGAUGUAUAAUGUAGUGUGGGCCAUGACGAGAACGUAAACAAAACUGACACUGACCAUUAAUUACAGGUUGUGUUAUAAUGUAUUACUACACUACAACAACUUGAGUCUUUAAACACGUAUUCUAUGUUACCAAAUGACUACUUUAUAAUGAGAUCCAGGAUGCCGUUCUUUACCGCCACCUGUUUAAUAUAUCCUGUAAAUUCUGUUACAAUUUAUAAGAUUUAUCUGAGAAUCUAAAUAAAAUAUUUACGUAUGA